UGAGGAUGAAGUGGUCAUUGACGUUUUAUAAGAACAAAAAUGAUAAUCAGAAAUUGGUCUAGAAAAUGUUCCAUAGCAGUUUUCUAUUAUAAGAAAGUCUUUUAAAUCAGCAAAAAUACACGAAUCAAUAAACAGUGUUUUUUAUUUAUAUCUAAUAUCAACAUUGUAGAUUUUACUGAUUCAUAUAUUCAAAAGAAUCUAUGAUACCAUUGAUUUCUGAUUAGAUAAUAGAACAUUUAAAGAAAGUACGUUUAUCGUCAUUAGUAAAAUUUUGCACUUCUGUAUUGAUAAAUUUGGAUGAUGGUUGAAUUGAUAUCUUACACUAUAUUCAUAAAGAUAAUUCAGACGAGUCAACUGAUCCUUAUCAUCAAAUUGUGGAAGUUGAUCAGAAAGUUCGUGUUGCAUCUUAAUACAAUUGAACCAGUUAUGACAAAAUUUGUCAUACAUGAUUUGAUCUCUUGAAUAACGCAUUGAAUGAAGAUGAAAAAAAUAAAAACCAUGUUGCACAUGAGUUUCAACAAAUUGUAAUGAAUAAGUAUUGGUAAGAUAAGUUAAUUUAAGAUAAAUACGCUCGAGAUUAAAAUGUUCGACUGACGAACAAUAACAAACAGCUCGAAUUAAAGCUGAUCGAAUGCAAUCACUGUCCUGCCAUAAAUAUGGUCUCUCUUUUUUCCUUUAGUUUCAUUCCAUCACGCUUACAAUCAUUCCAUUCUUCUUCUCAUAUCUAUUCUAUUUAAGUCAGUGUUAGUGUUUGAAGAAGGAGAUUAUUAUUUCUUGUGAUAGUGUAAAAAGAAGAAGAUUAUAAUCGAUUAACAACUAACAUAACACAAGCAAGUGCUGAUAUCUCAAAUUUACAAGUUCAACUAACUGCUUAUUGGCCUCAAAUUUUAGCCAGUGGAAUAAAUUCUACGAUAUCAACCGCAACAACAAAUUCGAAUCGUAUUCGAGAGCCUGAUGACAGAUUAAAAAAGUUUAUAUUUAAAUAUAUUCGAAAUUGUACUCAACGUUUUAAACGAAUGGCUAAAUAUAAAGCGUUAGAACGUUUUGGAUGA